AUGGAGGCGUCGCACGGAGGACCGGAGAGGGAGAAGUCGAAUUCCUCAAGUUCUUCUACACCUGUCACAUCCGUCGCUAAUUUCUGGAAAGACUUUGAUUUAGAGAAGGAAAGGAGUAUCUUGGAUGAACAGGGGCUUAGGAUAGCUGAAAAUCAGGAGAACAGUCAAAAAAACCGUCGAAAGCUUGCAGAAAGUACUAGAGAUUUCAAGAAAGCUUCAGCAGAAGAAAAGUUAAAUCUGUUCAAUUCUUUACUUAAGGGAUACCAAGAAGAGGUUGAUAAUCUUACCAAGAGAGCAAAAUUUGGAGAAAAUGCUUUCCUCAACAUUUACCAGAAACUUUAUGAGGCACCAGAUCCUUAUCCAAUUCUUGCUUCAAUUGCGGAGAAAGAUUUGAAAUUGUCUGAACUAGAGGCUGAAAAUAGAAAGAUGAAGGUUGAGCUUGAGGAAUUCAGGACAGAGGCGACUCAUUUGAAAAAUCAGCAAGCUACAAUAAGAAGACUCGAAGAGCGCAGCCGCCAGUUAGAACAACAGAUGGAAGAAAAAGUGAAGGAAAUAGUGGAGAUUAAGCAACGGAGCUUGGCAGAAGAGAAUCAGAAAACCCUAGAGGUGUUGAAAGAGAGGGAGCUAUUGUUGCAGGAUCAAUUGCGACAAGCUAAAGAAAGCGUUUCCACUAUGCAAAAAUUACAUGAAUUUGCACAGAGUCAGUUGUUUGAACUUCGUGCCCAAUCAGAUGAAGAUAGAGCCUCAAAGCAAUCAGAAGUCAAUCUUUUAAUGGAUGAAAUUGAAAGGGCUCAAACUCGCCUUCUUAGUCUCGAGAGGGAGAAGAUGGAAGAAAAAGUGAAGGAAAUAGUGGAGAUUAAGCAACGGAGCUUGGCAGAAGAGAAUCAGAAAACCCUAGAGGUGUUGAAAGAGAGGGAGCUAUUGUUGCAGGAUCAAUUGCGACAAGCUAAAGAAAGCGUUUCCACUAUGCAAAAAUUACAUGAAUUUGCACAGAGUCAGUUGUUUGAACUUCGUGCCCAAUCAGAUGAAGAUAGAGCCUCAAAGCAAUCAGAAGUCAAUCUUUUAAUGGAUGAAAUUGAAAGGGCUCAAACUCGCCUUCUUAGUCUCGAGAGGGAGAAGGGACUUUUGCGCUCCCAGUUGCAAUCAGCGAAUGAAGAAAAUGGAAUUAAGAAAAGGGAAUUGACUUCUGGCCGACCACAAUCUGCCUAUGCUCUACUGUAUGAUGAUCCAGAUUCGAAUAGCCUUCUCGAGAAUUCCUUGAGUGCUAAGGAAAAGGUAAUAUCUGAACUAAACAUGGAACUUCACAAGAUCGAAACCACCUUAUCAAAUGAGCGAGAACAACACCUAAACGAGAUCAAAAAGUUGAAUGCAUUGCUCAAUGUGAAGGAAAUUGCUCUUGAGGAGAUCAAGAAAGAGCUUCAGGUGAGGCCAACAGAAAAAUUAGUUGACGAUUUGCGGAAAAAAGUUAAAAUUUUGCAGGCAGUGGGAUAUAAUUCAAUUGAGGCCGAAGAUUGGGAAGUAGCUACCAGUGGGGAAGAGAUGAGCAAACUUGAAUCGCUACUUCUUGAUAAGAACCGAAAAAUGGAACAUGAACUCACUCAGUUGAAGGUCAAACUGUCUGAAAAGACAUCUUUGCUGGAAACAGCUGAAGCAAAGAUAGGAGAACUCACUACAAAGCUUCUUGAACAACAAAGAUUAAUACAGAAGUUAGAAGAUGAUAUAUUAAAGGGCUAUAGUUCUAAAGAUAAAAAAGGCACUAUAUUUGAUGAUUGGGAUCUUUCAGAGUCGGGAGCAACCGACCAAUCCAAUAAUGCAGACCAUAAACAUGUUUCCUCGGAACAAGAUCAAAGCUCAAUGCUUAAAGUGAUAUGCAACCAGCGAGACCGUUUCCGAACACGCUUGCAGGAGACAGAAGAGGAAGUAAGGCACUUGAAGGAGAAGAUAGGGGUUUUAACUGCGGAACUUGAGAAAACAAAAGCCGAUAAUGUCAAACUUUACGGAAAGAUUCGUUAUGUUCAGGAUUACAAUCUUGAGAAAGUAGUUUCUAGAGGAUCAAAGAAGCAUGCUGAAGACUUAGAAAGUGGUUUCAGCUCUGAUGUGGAAUCCAAGUAUAAGAAGAUAUAUGAGGAUGACAUAAAUCCUUUCACAGCAUUCUCGAAAAAGGAAAGAGAUCAAAGAUACAAGGAGUUGGGUUUAAGGGAUAAAAUUACUCUUAGCAGCGGACGUUUCCUUCUUGGCAAUAAAUAUGCUCGAACAUUUGCAUUUUUCUACACCAUUGGGUUACAUAUUCUAGUGUUCACUUGUCUGUACCGGAUGUCUGCUCUGAGCCAUUUCAGCAAUGGUCCUGAGGAAUUCCUCGCUAGAGAUAAAAACCUCAAUCUCCCCCAUGCACUAUAA